GUCAUGAGGGGUGUACGUAAGUCCUUCCAUCAACAAGUAUUUGAUUGAUUCACUGUACGCAUUAUGUGGUGGAAUUGAUCACAAGUAGACCACUUAAAUCAUGAAAGAUAUUUGGUGAAGGGUCAAUUAGCUCUAAUGGAGGAGGAGGGGGUGCCCCAGCCACCCACCAAAAAUUCUCAAAAGCAUCCCAACACUUAACUUUUUCAAUUGUCACUUUGGAGCAACUGGAAACCAAAAGGGAAAAUGUCAUCAACUAGGGACAUUCAAUCUCCUGACCAGUCCUUUUCACCCCAAAACACUCUUCCUUUUAUCCUCUCCCACUCUUUGCGAUCAUCUCAAUGCGAUCAUAUCACAUGCCACUCCAAGAACCAAAACAGAAGUCUGGGAUGAAAGGAAUGAGAGGAAAGUUUCUCAAGAAAUUGAAGUCCAUCCCAACAAUUAACACUUUGAAACAUGGCCUGCUCUUUCAGCUCGAUCCUACGGAAAAGUUUUCCAAUCCGAACCAUCAAACACUGUCUCAGCUCGUUCGCAAAAAUGAAGAUUGUCAGAAGAAGAACACUCUAUCGGCGGAGCUUGCAUUUAAAGAACUCAAAGAUGGAGAUACGGGACUCGGUUCUAAUGUCUGUAAGGAGAAUAUUACACCGCCCUCAAUGGAAACCAAAGAAACAGUUAUGGAGGAUGACAUUUUUCAUGAUGCAGAGAAUGAUGAUGAACUUCCGUCUUUGUUAGAUUUCGAGGAAAAGUGUCCGCCAGGAGGAGGCGAUUGUGUCGUUCUAUAUUCAACAAGCGUGACAGGGGUUAGGAAAACGUUCGAGGACUGCAAGGCAAUCCGGUUUUUGCUGGAGAGUUUCAAGGUACCGGUGUAUGAAAGGGACCUUUCGAUGCACAUGGAAUUCAGGGAAGAAUUGUGGAGGAUAUUUGGCAGUAGAGUGAUCCCUCCGAGGCUUUUCAUCAAGGGAAGGUACAUUGGUGGAGCUGAAGAAGUUACAGCACUUCAUGAGCAAGGCAAGCUGAAAAAGCUCUUCGAAGGAAUCCCAAUUGACCUGUCUAGCUCCCCAUGCACUGGCUGUGCCAACGUGCGCUUCGUUGUGUGCUUCAAUUGCAAUGGCAGUCGCAAAGUUUUCACGGAUGGUGAUCACGAAAACGAUGAGUUGUGCAUUAGAUGUCCGGAGUGCAACGAAAAUGGUUUGAUCAAGUGCUCCAUCUGCUGCUGAAAAUUUAACCGGUGUUUCCUGUUUUCGUGUUAUAACUUGUCGAGUUGUAAAACGCUUAGUGUUUGUGAUGCAUUAGCUUGUCCGAAAUAUGAAGAACUAACAAUUUGAUGUUGUAGAAUUUCAGCUGUAGGUCUGAUAUAUAUGGUAGAUUGCAAUAUUUGGAAUGUUUUGUUCAUAUGGAAAAGUUUUCGUUUCCAGU